CAGACAUCCGUGCAACUCGAGAAACCUGAUAAAAAACACCAUAUAUUAGCUACCCAGUUCGCAAAAACCCCACAUUUUUAUUCUGAAAAUUUCCUAAAACUUCCAUCUUUAUGCUAUUUAUUCCAUUUCCCGAGCUUUUAUUUCCAUCAAAAUUCUUGAAAAAAACGCGGGCAUUGCAAUUUCCACCUUCUCUGUGUAAUUCUUGAGUUGAUUGUAAUUGGUAUUGUUCAGUACUCAUGUUAGUUUCAUUUGCUUGUGUAUAAUCGGGAAAGAGAGCAAUUUCUUGGAGUCAAUUGAGUAUAAAUGAAAAGUUGGGGGUUUUGUUGUAAAAUAGUAAUUCUUAUUGGGGGAUAGAAAUCUGGGGUCGUGAUGGAGAGCUGUGAAGGAGUGGAUGAUCCAACCUCUGGAUGGUUGCAAGUGAAAAAGAAGCAUAGAAAUAGUUCAAAAUUUUCCUUUCAUGGUUGGGUUGGAGGAUUCUCUGGAAAACAGAGUCCUAAUAUUCAGCACUGUCAGCCUUCGUUGAAUGUUAGAAGUGGAAAUUCACAUGUUAAGUGUGGUAGACAGCCUCCAAAAGCAAGUGGAGAUUUUGUUGUACAGAGCCUGGGUAGAGUUUCGAAUUCUAGUUCUGUUUCAACUGAAGAUCGGAUGGACGUGCAGUACCUUGAUAAAUGUGUAGUCAGUCAAGAUGAUGAAUGCCCCAGUUCACCUCUUUCAGUAGCUGUAAAUGUUAAAGAUGCUGAUUCUAGAACAGGAGAUCAUGAAGAAUAUCCACAGAUAAAAAAUCCUGAUGUUCUGUCGAAAAUCAAGUUGGGUGAUUUGGAUGGUGGAGCCCUGGUAUUGCAUGGUGGAAGCACUGUUGGAGCGAAAAUCAAGUUUGGUGGAUUUGAAGUUGAUAAUUUGUUCUGUGGGAAGGCUGAUAAUUCUGGUACUUCAAUUUCGUGCAUGUCUUCUUGUAUAGAGCCCCAAGAGUUGCAGGCAACAUCUGCAGAGGCAGAUCUUGUUCCUCAGCGGGCACAUAAUGAAUCUUUCGAAGAGAACUGUAAAGAGGUCACUGCAGUAUCUUCAGAAGAUGUUGAAGUACAAAUUACAAAUGAGAAUAUAGUUGAUCCAAGUGGUAAUACUUCAAGUUGCGGGAAAACCCAUCCUGAACCUCUUGAAGCAGUCAAUGAUGACGCCUGGGGUGCCAGUAGUCAGUCUGGUGAAAAUAUUAUAUACACUGCCAUUGAAGAGGCUGGGAUGGUGGAACUUCCAGCACCUGCUGUUAUAUCCAAAGCAGGUGAUGUAGUAAUUUCUGAAUUACCAUCUAUGAAUGGGGGGUCAAGCACAGGAGUGAUUUCCCAAGAUUCUGAGGUACUACUGCCUGAAAAGAGUAGGACCGAAACUUUAGGAGAAUCUACUAUGACAUCCUCUGUUGAAUACUGUGAGGAUCAAAAGACUCAUACAAUCAUUGAUACUAUUUCAAAAGCCCAAAUUAUGAGUGCUAUAGGUGCAGAUGACAUGGGUGAAAGUAAAGAAAGAUUCAGGCAGCGGCUAUGGUGCUUUCUCUUUGAGAAUCUUAAUAGGGCCAUAGAUGAACUUUAUCUUCUUUGUGAACUAGAAUGUGAUCUGGAGCAGACAAAAGAGGCCAUUCUUGUUCUUGAAGAAGCUGCAUCAGAUUUUAAGGAAUUAAACUCUAGGGUAGAGGAAUUCGAGAAAGUGAAAAGAUCCUCUUCUCAAUUAAUUGAUGGGCCACCAACGACCCUGAAGUCUGAACACCGCAGGCCACAUGCACUCUCAUGGGAGGUCAGCUUGCUUGCUUCUUUCAUUAAACCAAUAUAA